ACCGGCCCCAGCUGGAGGGGUGUUGUAACAAGCGGGACAGUGCACCGGGACGAUCAUGAUGAGUGCCAAGAGUCUGUCCGGGGUUAAUGUGGUGCUGGUGAUGGCCUACGGCAGUCUAACUGUGGGAGGAAUCUGGGACACCACAUGUCCAUGGGGAGGAUGAUGUACAGAGAGCAUUUGGACUGAACUCUGAACUGUGACACCCCAAGCUGUAAAAACAACACAUCACGCUAACCUCACUGCUACCAUGCCCUGGUUUUGUCUGUUUAAUCUGAUUGAUAAUGGCAGUAAGAUAUUUGUCCUCCUCUUCAUCUUCGUCAAGCGCCAGAUUAUGAGAUUUGCCAUGAAAUCCCGGAGAGGCCCCCAUGUCCCCAUUGGGCACAACGCACCCAAGGACCUGAGAGAGGAGAUAGACCGGAGCCUCCUAAGGAUCCAGGAUCUUGACUACGAGCCGCAGCUACUUGACGAAGAUGAUGUGCGCUUGCUGCAGCUGCAGGACCCAAGAACCCAAGGUCGCUAUAACUACUUGUACAGGAUGAAGGCUCUGGAUGCCAUCCGGCACAUUGAUAUUCCGCUCAGCCAAGACUCCGAUCAUGGCAAACGUUUGACGGGGAGGAGUUUCCGUACCUUCUUGCUGGAGCUGCGAGAAGGCAACUCGCCCUACCGAGGUGUCCGCAAGAACCUUAUCGACAAGCUGAUAGAUGGCUACGAAGCGGCACGAUAUGGGACAGCGGCCUUUGGAAAAGCAGAGUAUCAGAAGUACCAGCAUGCAGUGAACGAGCUGGCCUCCAUCCUGCAAGCCCGGGGUGCACGGAGCCAGGCCCAACACCAGAAUGCAGCCAAGGAUUUGACCCCUGCUCCUGAGGCCUCCUCGCCGAGCACCAUUCAGGUCACCUACCUCCCAUCCAACAAGAGCAAGAGGCCCAAGCACUUUCUUGAGCUGAAGAGCUUCAAGGACAACUACAAUACACUGGAGAGCACGCUGUGAUGAUCCUGCAGCCUGCAUCUGAGGUGACCCACUACCCGAGAAGUGUAAGGAUACGGAGAUUUUGCCAGGGUCAUGACUUUUGUUAGCCAGUGCAUCCUGAAGGAGGCCUUCCAAGCUGCGAGCUCUCUGAUUCUGGCACAGUCCACACUGGUGGAGAUGAGUCUGUUACUGUAUAACACUGGGGUACGGUACCAGUGGGAAUGGGUCUAUCACUGUAUAACACCGGGCUAUGGUACCCAUGGGGAUGAGUCUGUCACUGUAUAACACCAGGGUAUGGUACCGGUGGGGACAGAUCUGGUGCUGAAGACUACUGGUGAUUUAUAGACACUUGGUUUCGACAUCCCUGUCUCGGUAAAGCUUUGGGCCUCAUCUCCACAGCCCCCUGAAUGGCACUCCAUGAAAUCUUGCUGUCCAGACCGAGCGUCUGGUGUCCUCAGCUGUUGCUUUCCUGUGGUCCAUUGCAACUCUGAUGUGCUGUGUAAAUGGAAGUGACUUCACUAACAUUAAAGUGGGUGGGUCCUGGGCGUGUUUGCCCAGGUGAAAGUCACACUGCCUCUUCUGCACAGACUGUUCAUUUUUGGUCAGUGCAGCCCUCUCGCUGACAGACCAACUUGCCCGUGUCUCUGCCUGCUUUAUAACAAGGUAAAGGGUUCACCUGCUUUUAGUUCCCAGUCUUGGUGAUGGGAUGAGGGACAUGGGGAAUGUGGUGGCCUCAAUUUCCUUUUUCUGUGUUGUGUGACUCUAUUCAGUGGGAACGCCUUUGAUAGGAUAUCUGGCCCUGACUUGUGGAAAUAAAUAUCGGCCUUCCCAGAGAUUCUCAGAUACUGAGAAUUCCCAUCCACAUUCUUGAAGCAACACAGAAAGCGUUGGAGGAACUUGGUAGGUCAGUGGAGGAAAAUGGUCAGUCAUUGCUUCAGGUCAAGGCCCUACAUGUUUUCCUGCCCCCCCCCCCCCACUACAUAACAAGCUGGGAUUCAGCUCUGAAUUUGUAGGCACUGUUCCCAGCUAAGAUAAGCAGGGACCUGUGCAGUUCUACAAUACUACAGUCUCUCCUCCAUGUCUGAGACUGCGCAGAGAGAGUUAGAAAUUGGCUUUUGCUGUUUACUGUCGGGUCACCCCACUACAGUGAUCCAACUAUUGUCCUUUGAAUAAAAGUACAGGUUACUUUGCAACUCACCUCCGAGGUCUGGUUCCUCAGGUAGUGGAUUUGGUCUUGCAUCUGCAUUGAGUUUUGGUGAGACUUACAGAGCUGGUCUUAAUACACAAAUCCCUCAAGAGACUUUACAAAGGGCAAUACUACAACCCAUUCUUGAAGGAUGUACAGUUCAGCUUUAGAAAAGUGAAGCUGUUGGAGGGGAGAGGUAGAGAAGGUAUUUCUGUUUGGACAAGAUAUCUAAAAGGAAGCCUAUAUUGGUUUAUUAUUGUCAUAUGUAUGGAGAUCCAGUGAGAAGCUUUUGCAUGCUUUCAGGCUGAUCAUGUGUAUCUUGAGGUACUAAAAAGAAAAUCGCAAUGCAGAAUAUUGUGUUGUAGGCAGUGCAAGUAAACAAAGUGGAAAGGUCACAACAAAGUAGAUUGGAAUUAACUCGAUUGAGUUAAUCAUAGUGGAAUGAGUGUCUGAUAACAGCGGGAUAGAAGCUGUCUUUGAGCCUGGUGGUAUGAGCUUUCAAGCCUUUGAACCUUCUGCCUGAUUGGAGGAGAAAAGUAAAUGUCCAGAUUAGGAGGUGUUUUUGAUUACAUUUCCUGAGGCAGUGGGAAAUGCAGGCAGAGUUAACUGAGGAGAGACUGGUUUUCCCGAUGGACUAGGCUGUGUCCACAGUAAUUUCUUGCCGUCUUGGGCAGAGCAAUGGAUGUACCAAGCAAUGGUGCAUCCAAGGAGGAUGCUUUCUAUGGUACAUCUGUACAAAUUGGUGAAGGUCAUCAGGGCUCUGCUGGAUUUAAUGAAUCCCAUGUCCUGAAGGGACAUAUGGAACCAGAUGAUUGGGGGGGGGGGCAGUUGGGAAGGGAGGGGGGAAAGCUGGAAAAAGACAAGAGACUUUGAGUGUAGGAGAGCUUGCUUCUGUACAGUUUGUGGUAUUGCUAAACCGCAUACCUUUUGAGGAAAAUGUCCUCCGUUAUUUUUUUUUAAAAGGGGACUUUGUAACAUUUUUAAUGAAAUGUGAUGGGCAUUAGAGAAGUAUAGGAAUAAAAGGUCAGCCAAUAUGAACACUUCUAAUUUCUAGCUGGUAUUAGAUUCCCAAAUACUGCUAGACAUUGCAUCAAGGUUCUGCAGGGAGUUUGUGUGAAGCACUGCCAUCUAGUGGCCUUAUCAAUCAACAGUGUCACCUCCUGCCUUAUUGACCUGGAAUUCAAGCUUAAUUUGUUCCAAGUGCACAGUUGGUGGUUUUAGUUAUGGCUAGUGGAGCCUGAAUGUCUUUGACACUGGCUAGAAGAUGUUGAUUAUGAAUUCUGUGUGUCUGUAAGCUAAGUCCUCAUUCUUUUUCGAGGAUACAGACAGCCCUAUUAUCCUUGGAAUCAGCCGCUCUUGGGCAAGUACAUCCACCCUUGUUUCUCCAGGAAUAGAUUCCUCACAGCCCUUUAUAAUCACCUCACUCGUAUCCAGAAAUGGGAAACCUAAGGUGUACUUCAAUGUUUGGUGUUUCCUGCAGGGAGCUUUACCAUCCUGUCUUAGAGCUAUCUGCCGUUCUCUGCACCAGAUCUGAAUCCUGGCACUCCCUCUCUGGUAGUGCAGUCACUCAAGUUGAGUGUGAUGGUCUCCUAGGGGCUGGGGGGGUCCUCAGAUGGAGGUCAGUCUGGAACUACAUAUUCUGGUGUAGUAUGGACAUGAGUAUGUGGUGGCUGUGGUUAGUGGUUGGGCCUUGAGGUUGUUCAGUACCUCCUUUUGCGACUUCAGUUUGUUCUUUGCGGCACAGCAGAGGUCGCUGUCACGUACCACAGCUCCCUCUUGAACAGAUUUCCUCCAGAUGUAUCUAUUGAGUACAAUGUAUUUUUAGAUGUAAUGUUGAAUUUCUUCAGGCUGAUUUUAAUGUUUAAAACAUUUCCUUUGCUCACCAGGGUCUCACUGACCUUCCUUCAACAAGGGAGUAAAGGAUCUAGGGAGAUGUGAGCUAAGCAUCUGGAUGACAUGACCUGUCAAUUGGUGUUUGCGUUGCUUUAUCAUGGUCAUCUUGGCCUCCUCUAGUGUGUCCUCAAUCUUUUGUAGGUAUUUUCCAGGGCUUUCAGGUAUCCAUGAUUCAGCUCCAUACAGUAAUGUAGAAGGACCUAUAGACUAAAAGUUUGGACCUGUAGAUCGCAGUCUUAAGACUCUUCCUUAACCUUGCAUAGGCUCCACUAGCACUACUCAGGCAGUGGUUAAACUCUGCUUUUGAUGAGAGAAUACUGCCAAGGUAGUGAAAGUAGUCUACAUUUUCGAGGGUGAUGUUGCCACCUUUUACAGAGGACUGGUUGGGCAGGGGCAAACCCCAUUUCCAGAAAAGUUGGGAUAUUUUCCAAAAUGCAAUAAAAACAAAAAUCUGUGAUGUGUUAAUUCACGUGAACCUUUAUUCAACUGACAAAAGUACAAAGAAAAGAUUUUCAAUAGUUUUACUGACCAACUUAAUUGUAUUCUGUAAAUAUACACAAAUUUAGAAUUUGAUGGCUGCAACACACUGAACAAAAGUUGAUACAGAGGCAUGUUUACCAUUGUGUUACAUCACCUUUCCUUUUAAUAACACUUGUUAAUCGUUUUGGAACUGAGGAUACUAAUUGUAGUAGAUCUGCAUUUGGAAAUUUUGCCCAUUCUUGCUUGAUAUAAGACUUCAGCUGCUCAAUGGUCCGUGGUCUCAAUUGUCUGAUUCUCCUCUUCAUGAUGCGCCAUACAUUUUCAAUAGGAGAUAGAUAUGGACUGGCAGCAGGCCAGUCAAGCACACGCUCUCUGUGUCUACAAAGCCACGCUGUUGUAGCCCGUGCAGAAUGUGGUCUGGCAUUGUCCUGCUGAAAUAAGCAUGGACGUCCCGGGAAGAGAUGUCGCCUUGAUGGCAACACAUGUCUCUCUAAAAUCCUAAUAUACGCCUCAGAGUCAAUGGUACCUUCACAUACAUGCAACUCACCCAUGCCGUGGGCUCUGAUGCACCCCCAUACCAUCACAGAUGCUGGCUUUUGCACCUUUUGCUGAUAACCAUUAGGAUGGUCGUUUUCAUCUUUGGCACGGAGAACUCGGCGCCCGUUUUUUCUGAAAACUAGCUGAAAUGUGGACUCAUUUGACCACAGCACACGGUUCCACAGUCUUUUUGGUCCAUUUGAGAUGAGCUCGGGCCCAGAGAACUCACUGGCGUUUCUGCAUAGAGUUGAUGUAUGGCUUCCUCCUUGUGUAAUAGUUUCAAGUUGCAUUUAUGGGUGCAGCAACGGACUGUGUUAAGUGACAAUGGUUUUUCGAAGUAUUCCCGAGCCUAGGUGGCUAUAAUUGUCACAGUAGCAUGACGGUUUCUUAGGCAGUACCACCUGAGGGCUCGAAGAUCAUGCGCAUACAAUAGUGGUUUCUGACCUUGCCCUUUAAGCACUGAGAUGUCUCUGAAUUCUCUGAAUCUUUUCACAAUAUUAUGUACUGUAGAUGUUGAAAGACCUAAAUUCUCUGCAAUCUUGUGUUGGGAAAUGUUCCUUUUGAACUAACAAUUCUCUCAUGAAUUUUGGCACAAAGGGGUGAGUCACGACCCAUCCUUGCUUGAAAAGACUGAGCCCUUGAUGGACUCUACUUUUAUACCCAGUCAUGAUACCACACCUGCUACCAAUUAGCUUGCUUAAUGUGGAGUCUUCCAAACUGGUGUUACUUGAAUAUUCUGUGCAUUUUUCAAUCUUAUUUUAACUCUGUCCCAACUUUUGCUGAGUGUGUUGCAGCCAUCAAAUUCUAAAUUUUUGUAUAUUUACAAAAUACAAUUAAGUUGGUCAGUAAAACUAUUGAAAAUCUUUUCUUUGUACUUUUGUCAGUCAAAUAAAGGUUCACGUGAAUUAACAUAUCACAGAUUUUUGUUUUUAUUGCGUUUUGGAAAAUAUCCCAACUUUUCUGGAAAUGGGGUUUGUAGCAUUUGUGUCUGUUAUUGUAUUCAGAACAAGACGUGGGGCUCUAUCUGCCUUGGCAAAGGUAUUCAAGAUACCUUGGAGGUCUUCUUCAGAAUGUGCUGUGAAUGCAUUUUUUGUCUGCAUACUGAAGUUCCAUGAUAAUGGUGAUGCUGAGCUUGUUCUUGGCCUUGAACCGGUUGAGGUUGAAAAGUCUGGAUCCCCUGUGACUGAACUUGGCCAAUAAGGUGAAGGGUGGCAGCAAUAAAGAUGGCAAAUAAUGUGGAUACAUCCCUGUUUGACUCCUGUCUUGAUGGAGAAAAGUUUGAAUUCAGCACAUCCAUUGCUGAAUUGGUUAGUUGCCCAUCCUGUUAGGUGCGGUUUUCAUUAAUUCUACUGUGUUUCUUGUAGUUGCUGUGAAUGCCUGCAAGAAAACAAAUCUCAGGCUUGUAUAUGGUGACAUACAAUACCUUGCAAAAAUCUUAGGCACGUAUUUAUAAAAAUAAAUAAAAAUAAAUCUGUAAAGCAAAUAAGCUUUCAAAAAGUGCAGCAAACGGUUUUAAAAAAAAACCACUAAAUCAAAUUAGUAUUUGACGUGACCACCCUUUGCCUUUAAACUGCAUCGGUUCCAUUGGGUACACAGUUCUAUAAGAAAAUCAGCUGGUAGGUUGUUCCAAGCAUCUUGCUGCAGAAUUUGGCUGUCUGGCUUGCAUCUGUCCCUCCAGACAAACUCUAAUGCUGAGAUCAGGGCUCUGUGGAGCAUCCCAUCUGUUGUGGACUCUUAUUCUUCUGCAAAUAAUUCAGAGAAUGUGGAGCUCGGGUGAUUGAUGGUUGGGUUGAGUUGUUCUCCGAUCCUGGCUAUUUUACUUGCCAGUGUUUCAUCACCAUACGAAGAGACAUCAUCAGUGCCCUGUUGAUUGUGUCCUCCGAAUGCUUGACCAUUAUUUACUUAUCAAUUAUCUGAUUGGUCAUUACAGAAUUAGAACGUGGUGAGGAAAUCUCGUAGCUGAUCGGUUGCGUGGCCAAUUUCAUGUUAUCUAGCAUUUUGCCUGUUUUGGUUCAUAAGUAGAAUUGAGGUCAACAUGUCUGUUUACAGAAUUGUUCACGGAAAUCACGCUUCUAGGAAUUCUCUAGCAUACUGCGUGUUUGCUUGCGCAGUGACUUUCACUGAUGCCCAGUUGAAUUUAUGCCCCCUCUCGAUCUUCAUGGUUAGAGACAGGGAGAGUUGAUCGUGCCACUUUACAGCCAGUUGGUGUUCGUGGACCCUUGUCGUUAAUUUGCUCCCAGUUUGACCAAUGCAAUAUUUACUGCCAUCCUUGCAUUGGAUUUUGUGGACCGUAUUGGUUCGUUCUUUUAAUCUGCAAAGUACUGUCCCCAAUGUUGCUGUUGGCUUAUGCGCAACCAAAAUGCUAUGUUCUUGAGCAGUUAAUUUUUGAGAUAUUUCAAAUGUAUGUUCUUUUCACUGAAUAUCAAUCUUUACGACCUUGGUUGUGUAUUUGAGAUCAUUAUCCUGCUGCAGAAUUAAAUUGGGACCUACCUCACUGAUGAGUGCAUGAUGGAUGAGAAUUUGCUUGUAAUUUUCAGCAUUGAGAAUUCUAAUAGCUGUGAUCAGAUCACCAACCCCCAUUUGCAGAAAUGCACCCCCAAACCUGCAGGGAACCUUGGCUGUAAACAUUCAUCCAUUGGAGUUCUCCAGCACUUGCCUCCUGUUUGAGCCGAAAAUUUCAAAUUCUGAGUUGUCAGUCCAGAACACCUGCUGCCAUUGUACAGCACCCCAGUCCUUGUGUUUUUGUGCCUAGGUGAGUCACUUGGCUUUGUUUCCACUUCAGAGGGAUGGCUGUUUGGCAGCAUCUCUUCCAUGAAGACCACUUCUGACAAUACUGCUCUGGUCUGUAGAGGUAUGUACUUGGGUUCCAGUGGUUUCUGUGAGUUUAGAGCUGGUAGCAGUGCUGGACUUCUUCCGAUUUAGACGGGAGGUCGUCACUGUGUACGUGCAUCUACUGAUGCCUCUGGACACAUCUUCGGUGAUGUUCAUCGGGUCUUUCGACAUCAUACACCCUCCUCCAGGUGACCCAGCUGGGGCUGAUCAGACCCCAGCUUGUGUUCAGAUGGCUAGCUAAUUAUGACUCUGUGGCUCCCCUAUUUUGAUGUACAUCUCAUCUGCUGCAUUCAGUUUCCAUGGCUGACUACAUUUUUGGUCCUCUUCCUUGCUCAUUUCUUUGUGCUUCUUCGGAAGAGCUUGGACACACAUCUUGAAACACCUUCCUGCUGUGAAGUUUCUGUUUUGGGGGUGACCUUGCUGAUGCAAGAUGAUCACCUUGUGUCUUGCUGCUAUGCCCAUGGUGCAAGAAUUGAUGAUUUGAAGGUUAAACUGUCACAUCUGCUGCACCCUCAUCUUUUACCAUUUCUGUUUUAGUUAAUCAGGUUAGUUCAUUCAACUCAUUAUGUUAUUGAUCUUUAGCAGCUGGUUAUCUUAGUUUGCUGGGCUACAUACCUACAAACUAAUCAAGCUUUUAUUUGAAAAGUGGUCUAUUACUUAAUACACACAAAAUGCUGGAGGAACUCAAUAGGCCAAGCAGCCUCUAUGGGAAAGAGUAAACAGUUGACAUUUUAGGCCAAGACCCUUCAUCGGGACUUCAGAAUCUGCAGAUUCUUCUCAUGUUUGCUAUUACUUAAUGUUAUUUUAAUGAAAUACAAAUAUUUCUCUUAACAUUUAAUUUUUUGGAAUGUAAAUGUUUAGAAAUCUAAAAUUUGCUCUUUUUGACUUACACACUAAUGCAGAAGACAAUAAACACCUAGAACAAUUUAUAUUUUAAAAAAUCUUGGAUAUGGUACUUAUGACUUUUGCACAAAACUGUAUAUGUACUUUGAUAAUAAAUUUCUCUUGGACCUUGGGUACUGUA